AUGUCGUUCUCGUUCCUCCCUCUGAUAACCCAAGGGGACGAGCAGCUUUUCAAAGCGCUCAACCGCAUUGGCCCUGUUAUCUUAUCAGCCCAAUCCUCAGUUCCUCUGCCAUCAACUGCAGAUCACCCAUACAUACUCUUCGAAUCAUCGACUGAUCCAGUUGAUCUCGACCAACUCAUAAAAUGGCUCGACGAGGGCGUUGAAAAACUCAUCUUGCCCCUUUCCUGGACAAAGGAAGUUAUUGGCACAAUCCCGCGUGAACGACUCGUUCUUCUCCUCGACGUCGCCAAUGUCAGCGCCGUGUCCGACAAAGUCCGGAGUGCAGUUUCCGGGGUUCUCUUGAAGACACCUUCCCUCGACCUCGACUUUGUCACAUCGGUUUCCAAGUUCUUUGCGGGAUCAGCCAUCUACGUCCUAUCGACUUCGACAGAUCUUCCAAGCCCUUCAAACGUACGCCAGUUGAAGGGCAUCGGUGCUACACCCGUCCUCCCGGAAUCCCAGCUUACUCUUGAAGCCACUUCCGCCGCCAACCUGAACAUCGCGGAUGCGUAUGUGGCGCCUAUCACUUCCGACAGGAAGGAUGGCCUCUUUCCGACGAUCGUCUCGACCGAAACCGGCCACUCCCUCGGUCUGGUUUAUUCCUCCGUCGAGUCAGUCAAGGAGAGCAUUGUGACAGGCAAGGGGGUUUACCAAUCCCGCAAACACGGCCUCUGGAGAAAGGGAGAGACAUCCGGAGCAACCCAAGAGGUCGUUAGCAUUCGGCUCGACUGUGAUUCAGACAGCUUGGAAUUCCGUGUCGUCCAGCAUGGUGCAGGCUUUUGCCACCUGAACAGGCAAUCUUGCUUCGGAGAAGCUAGCGGGUUGCCUGCUCUGGAGAACAUCUUGCGCUCGCGAUUGGAAUCGGCACCCGAAGGUUCCUAUACCCGCCGUCUCUUCAAUGACGCAGAGCUUCUGCGUUCCAAGAUCAUGGAAGAAGCUGACGAGCUAUGCCGCGCUGAAACGAAGGAAGAGAUCCAGUUCGAGGCGGCUGAUCUCAUCUACUUCGCCCUCACCAAGUGCACGGCUGCUGGAGUAUCCAUUGCCGACAUCGAAAGAUCACUCGAUCGCAAAGCCAAACGCGUCACUCGCAGAGCAGGGAAUGCCAAACCCCAAUGGUCAAAGAAGGAGGCUGAAUCUGCACCAGCCCCCGCCAAAGCAACCCCAGUUUCGACAGAAACGAUCCGCAUGAACACUUACGACCUCGCUACUGCUUCCUCAGAGCAGCGGGCACAGCUCCUCCGUCGCCCUGUCCUCAACUCUAACGAGAUGAUCGACAAGGUUAAACCAAUUGUCGAGGAAGUUCGCAAGCGUGGAGACAAAGCCCUCCUGGAAUUCACUGCCAAAUUCGACCGUGCUCAGCUCUCCUCCACAGUCAUCUUCCCUCCCUUCGCUCCGGAAAGCAUGCAGCUCGAGGACUUUAUCCGCGACGCCAUCGAUGUCGCCUACUCCAAUAUCAAAAAAUUCCACGAAGCACAAAACAGCGAUGCGAUUCUUCGGGUUGAGACAAUGCCCGGCGUCGUUUGUUCCCGAUUCGCUCGACCAAUUGCCCGUGUUGGUCUUUACAUUCCUGGAGGCACCGCCAUCCUCCCUUCGACUGCCCUCAUGCUUGGUAUCCCAGCUCAAGUCGCUGGAUGCAAGGAGAUCGUGUUCGCUACCCCUCCUCGUUCGGAUGGGAGCAUUUCGCCCGAGGUCAUGUACGUUGCGCACCUCGUUGGAGCGACGGCCAUCUUAAAGGCUGGCGGUGCCCAAGCCGUCUCUGCUUUGGCAUAUGGAACAGAGACCGUCCCCAAGGUCGACAAGAUCUUUGGUCCGGGGAACCAAUGGGUCACUGCCGCCAAGAUGUUGGUGCAGAACGAUACCGAUGCUCUCGUUUCGAUUGAUAUGCCUGCAGGGCCAUCGGAAGUCUUGGUUAUUGCCGACCACACUGCCAACCCUGCUUUCGUUGCUGCAGACCUGUUGUCGCAAGCCGAGCACGGUGUCGAUUCCCAGGUCGUCCUAGUGGCCGUCAAUCUCACCGAAGAGCACCUCGCAGAGAUCGAGGCGGAAGUCAAUAAGCAAGCACUUGCGCUGGAACGGGUGGACAUUGUUCGUCAGUCAAUCCCCAAGAGCAACAUCGUCAAGGUUGCAACCGUCGACGAGGGUAUCGCGUUCUCCAACGAUUAUGCACCCGAGCACUUGAUCCUUCACCUCCAAGAUGCCAGCGACAGAGUCGCUCAAAUCGACAACGCGGGAAGCAUCUUCGUUGGCGCCUUUACACCCGAGAGUUGCGGUGACUAUGCUUCUGGCACCAACCAUACGCUGCCGACAAACGGCUAUGCUCGACAGUUCAGUGGUGUCAACACCCUCUCCUUCCAGAAGCACAUAACGUCACAAGAAAUCACUGCAGACGGUCUUGGAGGGUUGGGUCCAGUGGUUGCAACCUUGGCGGACUGCGAAGGCCUUCAAGCUCACGCCAACGCGGUGCGCAUUCGCCUUCAAUCCAUAGGAAACCGAGAAGGUGCAUUGUAAUAACCAAUGAACUGGUAUAAUAUGAAUACGAUACAGUGUCU